ACCGGCUCUGCGGUGUGUUUAAGUCAACGUCCGCGGUGUUCCGGAGUGGACUGCGUUUCUCAUAGACCCUGGGGGAGUUUGUGAACCUCAUCCUCUGGUUCAUUUUCCUUUAUGCUUUCGGUCACCGUUUUCCUUGUGAUUUGGAGUCCAGAUGUGAGACAAAGACGUUUUUAGGGGGAAAAAAAGGCUCUCAAUGCAAGGUAAUGGAAGGAAAAUCUUGACUUGGAGGACUCCCAAUUCCAGAAAUAACUGGCAAAAUAAAAGCACGAUUUAGGCAAGGGUCUCAAGACUGAGAUCUUAGCUAAAUGGAAAUAAUGGCUGGAAAUGGAACCAAUUAUAAAAAAGCGAAUCCAAUGACAUGGAUGUCUGAUUUUUAUCUACCACACCGCCCCCACCUCCCAUUUCAUUAAAAAUAAAACAACAGAAAACAGCUUUUUAUCUCUGUUCAGAUCAGAUCAUUUCUAUUGCUCCACCUUCAAGUUUGCUGGAUUCUCUCCUCUAUAAUCUCCAUUUGGCUAUUGAGCCCAUUUGGUAUUACCCCAGGAGAAAUGGAAACAUGCCAGCUUUAUACAUAAUAUGUAAAACCUGGAAAUACAACAAAUGUUCACCAAGAGAAAAAUGCAUACACAAAUUGUGACAUUCACACAAUUGAAUGUUCAGAAAUGAAAAGAAUGAACUACACAUUAAUAAACCUUACAAAACUAGGAUGUGAAAAAGAGAAUUGCAGAACUGACAGAACUAAAAUGUGGGCAUGUAUAUCAGAACUAUUGCGGGGGCAUCUAGGUGAAGCCUCCCAAUUCGCCUCAGGUCAUGAUCUCAUGGUUUGUGAAUUCGACCCCCCCCUCCCCCCGCCCCCCCGUGGGGCUCUGUCUUGACAGCUCAGAGCCUGGAGCCUGCUAAGGAUUCUGUGUCUCCUCUUUCUCUCUGCCCCUACGCCGCUCGCGCGCGCUCUCUCUCUCUCAAAAACAAACUAAAAAAAAAAAAAAGAACUUUGGCUGUCUAUGCUGUGAGACUGGAAAAGGACACGAGAGAACUUCCUGGCAGCGAUGGUAUAAAAUACACACCAGGGCAGGCAUACACAUACCCAGCGUCUGCUAUAUGCCAGACGCCAUUCUGGGUGCUGGGUCUUUCUCAAGGGGCAAAAACUGACAAAACUCGUCAUCUCUGGUUCACGACCACGGGGUCCCGCACACACAGGCCUGAGUGAAGAGAAACCUCGACAGGCACCGGCUCCCGUUUCUCACCUCAGCCUUCCCGCCCGAACUGCAGUACCCUCCUCAGCCCUUCUCGGCCCGACAUCCCUCAGCACGGAUUCGAUUGCCUCCCGGGCCCUCCUCAACCUGGAUCCGAUUCCCUCAACGCUCCUGGGUUAGGGUUUCCGGUUCUCUCCCGGUCUUCCCAGACUCAGGCAGCCUCCGUUUUCCUCCUUGCCCCGCCUCUGGCAGGCUUCCGCUUCCCUUUACUUUCCUCCCUGCCCAGGUUUCCGAUUACUUUCUCGGCUUGGGCUCUAGUUUAUGCAAAGACCUCUCGCUCCCACGAAACCAUCACCCGGCUCUUUCAUGUUUUAAGAACCGCCAGCGGCAACCUUCCGCGGAGGACGAAAGAUCAGCCCACCCGGAACUCUCAGGAGUUUCGGAGGCGUGACGUGAAAUUCGCGACGGUUGUACUCUGCCGCGCUCGAAAACCAGAACAUUUUUUUUAGUGUUGGACUACGUUUCCCACAAGCCCCAGAGCCACGAAUGGACUUCGACUUUUGGUUCCGCUUCCGGUAUCUUCGUGGUUAUUGGGUUUUGCCUGGUGAGUUAAGGUGAUCCAGGUCGGGUUGCGGGAGGAGCUCGCGGUAUGGAGGUCCUAAGCUCCCGGGGCGCGGUUCUGCAAGAGAAGCCUCCUGAAGUAGAGGAGAUUGUUGCUACUUAACAGCGCGUUCAAGUUUUGACAGGGAGCAUGUCAUUGGAGCUCCUCAUGCUGUCAUGGCAGAAAUGGAAUUCCCUGACCAAUUCCUUACAGUUCUAAGCAUGGACCAUGAAUUGGUGACUUUCAGGGAUGUGGUCAUCAGCUUCUCUCAAGAGGAAUGGGAAUAUCUGGAUUCGGCUCAGAGGGACUUAUAUUGGGAUGUGAUGAUGGAGAACUAUAGCAACUUGGUCUCACUGGAUUUGGAGUCCAAGUAUGACACAAAGUAUUUAUUUAAUGGAAAGGACAUUAUUGAAAAUAAUGGUUUUCAGUGGAAAGUAACAGAAGGUAAAUUCAUUGGUUUGGAGAGCUCCAUUUUCAGAAAUGACUGGCAAAGCAAAAGCAAGACUGAAGUACAAAGACCUGAAGUGGGAUAUUUCAGCCAAAUGAAAAUCAGCUCUGAAAAAGUGCCAAAUUAUAAACAUCAUAAAUCUCUUAUAUCACAUCAGAGAAUUCAUGAAAGCAAGAAACCCUAUGAAUAUAAGGAAUAUGAAAAGGUCCUUAGCUGUGACUUAAGUUUUGAUGAAUGUGAGAGAAUACAUACUGGUGAGAAAACAUAUCAGUGUAAUGCAUAUUGGAAAACCUUUGGAGAUGACCCACAUACCCUACAACUGAACAUUCGUACUGGUGUAAAACCUUGUAAAUAUAUGGAAUAUAGGAAUCCAUUUAGUUUUUAUGAAGACCUUAGUAUACACCAGAAAAUGCAUGAUGAUCAGAAGUGCUAUAAAUGUAAGGAAUUUAAAAGGACCAUUAGAAGAGUUGAAGAAAUAACUCCACUAAAAAUAAUUCAUGAUGGUGAGAAAGCCUAUGAAUGCACUUUCUGUGGGAAAUCCUUUAGAGUGCAUGCACAACUUGCUCGACACCAGAAAAUCCAUACUGAUGAGAAACCUUACAAAUGUAUGGAAUGUGGCAAGGACUUUAGAUUCCAUUCACAGCUAACUGAACAUCAGAGAAUUCAUACUGGUGAGAAACCGUACAAAUGUAUACAAUGUGAGAAGGUCUUUAGAAUUAGUUCACAGCUUAUUGAACAUCAGCGAAUUCAUACAGGCGAGAAACCUUAUGCAUGUAAAGAAUGUGGAAAAACCUUUGGGGUAUGUAGAGAACUGGCUCGACAUCAGAGAAUUCAUACUGGAAAGAAACCCUAUGAAUGCAAGGCAUGUGGAAAAGUCUUUAGAAACAGUUCAUCCCUGACUAGACAUCAGAGAAUUCAUACUGGUGAGAAACCCUAUAAAUGUAAGGAAUGUGGGAAAGCUUUUGGAGUAGGUAGUGAACUUACUCGACAUCAGAGAAUUCACAGUGGUCAGAAACCUUAUGAAUGUAAAGAGUGUGGAAAGUUCUUUAGACUUACGUCAGCACUUAUUCAACAUCAGAGGAUUCACAGUGGUGAGAAACCUUAUGAAUGUAAGGUAUGUGGGAAGGCUUUUAGACAUAGUUCAGCCCUUACUGAACAUCAGAGAAUUCACACUGGAGAGAAACCUUAUGAAUGCAAAGCAUGUGGGAAAGCCUUUAGACAUAGUUCAUCCUUUACAAAACAUCAGAGAAUUCAUACUGGUAAGAAACCCUAUGAAUGUGAGGAAUGCGGGAAUGCCUUUAAUCCUGAAGCAGAUCUCCUUCAGCAUGAUCAAAUUCAUACUAGAGAGAAACCUCAUGAAUGUAAUGAAUGUGGAAAAACCUUCAGCCUGAAGGAAAACCUCAUAGAGCAUAAGAAAAUGCAUACUGGAGAAAAAUCACAUGAAUGUACUGAAUGUGGUAAAGUAUUCUCUCGAGUCUCAUCCCUUACUCUACAUUUGAGAAGUCAUAGAGGAAAGAAACCAUAUAAAUGUAAUAAAUGUGGAAAAGCCUUCACUUCUAUUCAGAUGUCAAGCCUCAUUAAACACCAGAGAAAUCAUACUGGAAACAAACCCUAUGCGUGUAAGGAAUGUGGAAAAGCCUUCAAUGGCAAAUCAUAUCUCACCGAGCAUGAGAAAAUCCAUACAGGAGAGAAACCAUUCGAAUGUAAUCAAUGUGGAAGAGCCUUCAGCCAGAAGCAGUACCUCAUUAAACAUCAGAAUAUCCACAGUGGAAAGAAACCCUUUAAAUGUAAUGAAUGUGGAAAAGCCUUUAGCCAGAAAGAAAACCUGAUUAUCCAUCAAAGAAUACAUACUGGAGAGAAACCUUAUGAAUGCAAGGGGUGUGGGAAAGCUUUCAUUCAGAAGUCAAGCCUCAUUAGACACCAGAGAAGUCAUACAGGAGAGAAACCCUAUAUAUGUAAAGAAUGUGGGAAAGCCUUCAGUGGCAAAUCAAAUCUCACUGAGCAUGAGAAAAUUCAUAUUGGAGAGAAACCCUAUAAAUGUAAUGAAUGUGGAACAAUCUUCAGGCAGAAGCAAUACCUCAUUAAACAUCACAAUAUUCAUACAGGAGAGAAACCCUAUGAAUGUAAUAAAUGUGGAAAAGCCUUCUCUCGAAUCACAUCACUUAUUGUACAUGUGAGAAUUCAUACGGGGGAUAAACCUUAUGAAUGUAAAAUAUGUGGGAAAGCCUUCUGUCAAAGCUCAUCUCUUACUGUUCAUAUGAGAAGCCAUACGGGUGAAAAGCCCUAUGGUUGUAAUGAAUGUGGAAAAGCCUUCUCUCAGUUCUCAACUCUUGCUCUACAUAUGAGAAUCCAUACUGGAGAAAAACCUUAUCAGUGUAGUGAAUGUGGGAAAGCUUUUAGCCAGAAGUCACAUCAUAUUAGACACCAGAGAAUUCAUACUCACUAAAGCUCGAUAAACGCCUUGAAUUUAGGAAAAACUUCAGCAAAACUCAGACUUAAUGGUAUACCAGAAAUUCAUUUUAUAAUAAAGUGGCUUGAAUGUGGAAAAUACUUCAACAAAUCAAAACUUAAAUACUAACAAUUUUAAUAAGUAUCAUAGUUUAAAAACCUAUGCUCCCAGAACUCCCACAGCAAACAUUGUUAAUGAUGUACUUUUAGGAGCAAUCUCAUUGAAGUAAGUAUGGAUCCAGUCAUGGACACUAAGCAGCAUGGUUCUGGAAGGCCUACCUGAUGCGUUAAGACAAAGAUAUGAGAGGUAUAAAGAUUUUAAAUUAAGAGACAAAAUUGUCAUUUUUAAAAUUUUUUGCUACAGAUGUAAUCAAAAGUAUUUGUUCUUGAUGCAUUCAUAGAAAUCAAAGAUUGGGACAGAAUAUUGUAUUCAGAAACAUGCAUGCCUUUAUGGGGAAUUGGUAAUUGAUAGAGAUGAUAUCAAAAGUUAGGGGAAUUAUGGAUGAUUCAAAAAAUGGUCUCAGGGUAACUGAUUCUUCAUGUGGAAAAAAUAUUGGAUCUCUGCCAUAGUAAUACAUUAAAGAAUUUAUUAUGAAAUCCAAAAGUAUUGUAAAGACCAGAAUGCAAAAAGCAAAACUUGGUAACAUAAGAAUUUUAUAGGAGAAUGUUUUUAAAACCUCCAGUAGGAAAGAAUUUCUAAAAUAGAUUCCAGAACACACACUCUUGAGUGUACAUGCAUAUACCCAAGAAACUGAUACAUGUACUUAAGUUAGGGAGUCAUGUAUCUUUAUGUUCAUUGCAGCAUGAAUUACAUUAGCAAAAAAUUGGAAACGUGUGUUGCUUGUGAAAUGGAUAAAUACAAUGUGAUAUAGGCACACAGUAGAAUAUUCUCUAGUAGUUCAGUAUAACAUAACAGAUUAUAUAUAUAAAUAGAAAGACCUGAAAAAUCAUGUGGCGUGAAAAAAAUGAGAUCAAUAUGUUAUAAUCGUUAGCUUUGUGAAUUUGAAUGAAAUCAACACUAUUGUUAAGCAUUAGUUAUGGAAGAACAUUUUUAUGGAAAACUGAAGAAUGGAUUGGAAGGAUACACACUCAUUUCCCAAAAGUGAUUGCCUCUAGAAAGAAAGGUAGCAGAAAAGAAAUGGGACCAAGCAUGGUUAUUAAAGGAUAUUUCAGUUUUGUAUCUAAAUACCAUCAUUAAAAAGAAAUAAAGAUUCCAACUAAAUAUAACAAAAUGUUAGUUAACUCUGGGUUGUGGUAAUAUAUGUGUUCUAUUGUUUGUGCUAUUCCUGAAAAUUAAAAAAGAUAAAGAUAUGAGUAGGAAAGUUGUACAUGCAGUACAUGUAAUAAUGGACUCACAACCCCAGGCAGAUACUACUAUUUUAUAGAAAAUAUUUCUAAAAUCAUACCUUUAUUAGAAGUUAUUUUUUUUUAAUUGGAUGGUAGCUUAAAUUAUUUAAAUGUACUCUUGCAUGUCACAUCACUAAUAUGUGUGGUCUCAGAAAUUAAAGCAUGAUUCUGCAACAGGUUAAGUGGGUUACAUACAUUUAAGAAUCAUAUGAUUUAAUAAUACUUGCACAGACUUGAUACUAAGAACUAGUUUUUACUGAAACAUCAGAAAUUUUAAGAGUCCACAUAACCAGUAUUAAUAAUUUGAUAUUUUUUAAAUGAAGAAACCAAGUUACUCUUAAAUUUUUAAAUAUGCCACUGAGUAAAACUUCAACUCUUGCAUUUUACCUUCAAUUUUAACCUCAGAGAUUUUUAUUCUCUAUUCUGCCAGAUAUAAUUGAUAAAUCCCGUUUGUUUGUUUCUUUGGUGAAAAUGGUGCUAAAAGAGAUCUGAGACCUAAACAGUAUUGUUUUAUGUGAAGCAAAUCUUUUUGCCAAUUUUUGUUUACUUGAUCCCUUUCUACAACAACUUGACACAUAAAGAGUUGUUAAUGCUCUUUUUGAACAGUGAUAAAAAUGAGUAUGCAAUAUUUAAACCUUAGGCAUAUGUCAAAUAUAUCAAUUUCUUUGAAAUACAAAAUAAUGAAAUGCUAAUAAAACCAUAGUACUACACCACUUAUUAGCAGUUUUGAAGAUUGGUCUUAAGAUUAUAAAUUCCAGGGGUUGCUUAUGUGUUUACAUGAAUCUAAAUUAUCCUCUAUUUUCUUCCAUUCUUCAUUAAACAUUCCCCUUGUAUUUCUUAAGUGUUUUGCCCUUCCAUUUGUACAGCUUUGAAGUCACCAGAGCAAUUUAGAACUCUUAAUUCAGACCAAACUAGGAGGAUUACCUUUUGGUGCCUGCAGUGGGUUGGUGCCAAGGUGCAACAAUGAUUACGAUAGAUAGAGUAAGAUGAGUAACACCUGUGAUACUGUAUACUGUAAAUUUACUCUGAUAUUCCCUACUGAUUCAACUUGUUGCUAGUUAUUUGCCACCACAAACAACCCUACAGUAAACAUUUUUUUUUUAACAUUCUUAAAAUCAGACCUUACAUUUCAGAUGUUUUUAUUUCUGAGGCAAAAGAUUGUUAGAUUAAAGGACAUAUACUGUUUUUUAAUUUUAAUAGAUAAUAUCGGUCAUUUUCAGAAACACAUCUUUCCUCUAACCCUGCAAUAGAUGGUAAUAUACUACUUAAAUUUAUGUUUGUCUGAUGAGCAUACACCUCAACUGCUCCUAGAUUUGCUGCUUUGUAAAUUUUUGCAUUGUUGGCUCAUUUUCCUAUAGGAUUAUUUAUCUGUCAAUUUUAAAGAUCUCUUUAUAUGUUAGACGUUAGGAAUUUGCCUAAUUUUUGUCAUAAAAAUAUUUUUCCAUAAAAAUAUCUUAAAUUUCUGUGUAAUCAAUAUGUAUUUUUUCUAAGCUUACGGAUUGGUUAAAAAGAUACUUUAAUCUCUAGAUUGUAUAUGUAAUUUUUCUUAGGUUUUCUUGCAAGUUGUUUAUUGUUUACUUUUUUCAAUAUGUAAAUAUUUAAUAUAUCUAGAAUUUAUUUUUUAAUGUCCUAUAAAAUGAAGAUUCAUUGUUAUUUUCUUCCAGAUGGGUUUCCAGUUAUACAAGCACAAUUUGUUAAAAUAACCCAUCUACUCAGCAGUCACAUAGUUCUGACACCAAUCUGCGGUGUCCACCAACAGCAAUCACAGAUUUGAACUGGCAAUCAAAAAAACAGAAUAGGCUUUAACCCAACAUUAGGUUUAUUAUUAGCUUUGUCCUGAUCAAAACAACAACAGCAACAACAAAACCACCUUUACAAUACUGCAACUACCCAAGCAAAGAUAGAUUCGAGGACCUAUGUACUGCUGAAGUGAGAAAAGGUCAGAAUGGGUGCAGUUCACCUAAGCCCUGGGAAACAACGUUCUCACCCAGGAUAUCUUACUAUAACCCAACACUGUAUCUGCAUGGUGUACCCCCAUCACAUGGGGCACACCCAGUUGUAAGACUGAAACCCACUUAAGCACAGGGAAGCUGCUACCUUGUUUUCCCAAGACUUAUGAUACCUUAGUCAUAUAGGCUAGCCAUGUCUUCAUGCCAAUUCACAGCUCUUCCCUCAUCUAGGUACAGGAUACAAAUGAAUCUACAGUAGUAUUUUCUUCAAGGAAACUGGUAUGAAGGCAAAUCUAAGGUUCUCUUUCUACACAUGGGUCAGUAGGAAAGGCCUGUUGUUUUUACCAGUACCAUCCCUUUCCUAUUUAACUGACUCAGUUAUGUGAUCCUUUAACCAUAUGAUCUUUUUCUCAUUCAACUGAAACUGCUUGUAGUUUCACUUGUACCAAGACCUGUCCUGUAUUUUCAUUUCACUAAUUUAUUUUUCUACUUCUAUGCUAAUACCAUAUUAACUGAUAAACUGAUUUAACACUAGUCUUACUGCAUUUUGAUACUGCAUAUUAGACCAAGUCCUCGCUGUUUUUCAUAGUUUUAUUGGCUAUUCUAGUUUUCUUUCUAUAUAAAUGAAGAUGGUGUUCUCAAAAUACAAAAACUCUUUGAUAGUUGGAAUUACAUUAAAUUUAUAUAUUUAUUUUGAGAGAAAUGACCUUUUUUAUUUUGUCUUCCUGACCCAAAUUGUAGUGUGCCUUUGCAUUUCUUCAAACUAUGAUCAUGUCCUUCAGCAUGAGAGUUCUGAACAAAGUAAUCUGAAUGCCAUCCCUACUUAAUAUUAUAUUAUAGAAAAAGUUUGUUAGUUGGGUGAAUAAGAAAAAUUCCUAUUAUGGACUAAAUGUUUGUAGCCCCCCAGAAUUCAUAUGUUGAAGCCCUGAUUUCUAUUGUGAUGGUGUUUGGAGAUGGGGCUCUAAGGAAGUAAUUGGGUUGGAAUUAGGUCAUGAAGGUGGGACACUCAUGAUGGGAACAGUACCCUUAUAAGAAGUGGGAGAGAGAUUAUAAGAACAUAAAGAGAUUUCUUUCCAUUUGUAUACACAAGUCCUGUGAGUGCAGGACUUCUUUCUGUAGACAGAAAGAAGCUGUCUACAUACUAGGAAUUGGACCUUCACAGGAUUUGCCAGCACUUUGAUCUUGGGAUUUCCCAGCUUCUAUAACUGUAAGAAAUAAAUGUCUGUUUAAACCA